ACGAGGAAGAGGAGAGGGGUUGGUGCUUGGGGCGUGCGGGGCGCUGGAGGGACGGGAGGAUGGUGCUCAUCAAAGAGUUCCGAGUAGUGCUGCCUUGCUCUGUGGAGGAGUAUCAGGUGGGGCAGUUGUUCUCUGUAGCUGAGGCCAGCAAGAACAACACCGGCGGAGGUGAAGGAAUCGAGGUCCUCCAAAACGAACCCUAUGAACGUGAGGGGGAGCGGGGACAGUACACCCACAAGAUCUAUCACCUCCAGAGUAAAGUUCCAGGAUUCAUUAAGAUGUUUGCCCCUGAAGGGUCACUAGUGGUUCAUGAAAGAGCAUGGAAUGCCUAUCCCUAUUGCCGAACAGUUAUUACGAAUGAAUAUAUGAAGGAUGAUUUCUUCAUCAAAAUUGAAACGUGGCACAAACCGGAUUUAGGUGACCAAGACAAUGUCCAUGGGCUUGAUGCAGAGACCUGGAAAGAUGUUGAGGUUGUCCACAUAGACAUUGCUGACAGGACGCAGGUGUCAGACCAGGAUUACAAGCCAGAUGAAGACCCAUCUAUUUUCAAAUCAGUGAAGACAAACAGAGGGCCUCUUGGUCCAGACUGGAAGCGGGAACUAGCCAAUAAUGAAGAUUGCCCUCACAUGUGUGCCUACAAACUUGUGACGGUGAAGUUCCGCUGGUGGGGCCUUCAAGGUCGAGUGGAAAAAUUUAUCCAGAAGCAAGAAAGACGCCUCUUUACCAACUUCCACAGGCAACUCUUUUGCUGGUUGGAUAAGUGGGUGGAUUUAAGCAUGGCUGACAUUCGACGGAUGGAGGAGGAGACUCAGAGGGAACUUGACGAGAUGCGCCAGAAGGGCACAGUGAGAGGGAUGACAGCUGGGGAUGAAUGAAUAUACCCCCUCACCCACCCACUGCCUGGGCCAAGAAGUGACAAGGUGCAGUGCCCUUUCUGAUCUGAGCCUGGACCUCUCUUUUUGGGAUUCCACUUGUCUUCCCACUCCUCGUCACCUGGGAGGGAGAAGAUGGACUCCCAUUUUCUUUCCGUCCCACUGGUUUAAAAAUACUUCAGAACCGCCCCUGCUUCAGCCAACCUGGGGGAUCCCUUUGAACUGCUGCUCCAUUUUUUUUUUUACUGAUCAUGAAUUAAUAGGUUCUUCCCAUUCUUCCCCCCCACCCCUUCUUACCCACACACAACUUGUGGCUGUAUGAAAGAGGAUGUUAAGGACCUUUCAUAGUGAGAGUGGGGGAGUAUUUGCAGGGGCCAGGGAUGCAUGAUUAUAAUAACAUUAUAAUAACAUUAAUAUUAAUAAUCUUUAGAAUUGUGUUUCCAUCAGGGGACAAGGUCAGGAAUCAUUAAACUUGGAGAUGGGGGUGGGUGGGGGGUUGUUGGGAAAGAACAAGUUAAAAUUUUACCUUGGGUUUUGCCUUCACUGUGGAGGGUUAGAAUUGCCUGUUCAAAGGACAGGUGUUAACCAGUACCCAAAACUAUUUCCCACUUUUGUGUGGGAAAUGGCAACAGCAGUAAUUUUCUCCUCAGUAGUCCUGUGGAGUUACUGUAUGCCCUUGGCCUGCCUCAGUUUAGCAAGGGCUCUUCCCUCACCCCCACUCUGGGGUGCCUCCAGUUUUCUAAUCUAGCUGCUUAUACUCGUUUUGGCUUGAGGGCAGCUGAGCUACUCCUAAAUUUAAAAUUCUACCUUCUCUUUCUGUCCCUCAGAUCCCCGUUCUGGGGGCAGAGCGGGGGGAUAGUUUCCUCUGUUUGUGAGAAGAUUCAAAAACAUUUCAGCCACCCUCUGGGAUAUAGGAGGGGAAGACUGUAAGGCCCAGUGCUGCGUUACUAAGGAUCUGAACAGUAUUUUUUUUAAAAAAGAAAAACACUGAAAUCUUUUUUUAAAAAGUAAAACAAUAAAUAAACUUGAAGCUGAAUUCA